AUGGGGGCUCGUCUAACGCGAUCGGAACAUGAAAUCGAAUACAAUCCUUUUGCCUGGUCUGAUUUACCAUUUGAUAUGCGAAGAUCAAUUAUCGAUUCAUUCGAUCUUCAAACAAAAGCCAGAUAUUCACAGUGUUCAACAGAAUGUUAUGAAGAAAUUAGCGAAAGUCGAAAUUUUAUUGAAAAAAUGCAUUUGGUUGAUGGGAGAGAAGGAAAUCAUCGAAUGAUUUAUAUUUUUGCGAUUGCAAAAGGAAAUGGAAAUUAUUGGAUGUUCAAAAUAUCAGAAUCAUCUGGAAAUUGUGAAGUUCGUUGGGAAAUGAAUGGUGAAAUAAUUUCGCGGAAAAUCUUUGAGAAUUCAAAUCUGAUUGAUGUUGUUUUGAUGUAUUUCAAUGAUAUUUUGAUGAAAAAUAUUAAAAGUUUACAAAUUCUUUCGAUUUUUAUGGUAAGUUUUUCUCGCGUCCGAUUCAAAAUUUCAUAAAUUGAAUUUCAGGACGAUUUUCCGUACAAUCGAACAAAUAUCAAAAAUUUAAGAUGUAAAGAUAUGUCUAGUUUGAUACUUCGUGAAAAUAAAUAUGGAAUUGACCCGAUUUUGAGUGGAUUUGUCGAUUUGAAUCAAAUUUGUCACUUUCAUAAUGCUUUCGAUAUUCCGAAUUGUCCAAUUGACGAUUUAUUCAAAAUGGAUACAAUAAUCCGAAAUCUAACGGAUCCCAAAUUUUCGCUCGAUGAUUUUGACAAUUUUUUGCGACGUUUUUUGAUUGACGAGGAAAUGGGUGGAAAUACGAAAUCGAUUGAGUUCAAUAUUGAGAAAUAUCAAGAUCAUUUUGCUGAUUUUCAUAGAAUUAUCAAGAAAUAUACAGAUUCUGGUGAAUUAUUGAGAUAUGAGGGAGAAUUUAGACCUUGGUAUUAUUGUCGAAAAUCAAAAAAAGUAAACAUCGAAUGCAUGCUUUAUUGUGGGAUAAUCGCAGUUUCAUUUUUCAUACCGGUGCUGAAUGUUUCAAAUAAAAAUUCGAAACCAAAACAUCCAAGGAAACCGCGCAAAAAACAAAAAAUGAAAAAAAAAUCAAUAUUGUCCGAGAGAAAUACACGAAAAUGCAAGCGGGAUUGCGGAGUAUCGUAUCGACGUGGAAACCACGUCGAAACAUUGCAAAGUUGGUGGUGAAUUUUCGCCUGGAAAUUGGGAAUUUUUGAAAAAUUCGGAAUUUUCAUGAAAUUUGGAGCAUUUUGAGUCCAAACUUGGUGAAAAUCUAUAAAUUCCAGAUUUUUCUGAAUUGGGGUUCAAAAUUUUUGAAAAUUAGGUUUGCAUCCCAUCAUCUUCUUUCAUAAGAACCCCCUCUUUCAUCAUAAAAUCGUCCCUGACUAUCGAAUCCAUGCAUCAUUUCAUGCGCCAAAACUGUACCGGCUGCAGUCUUUCAAAUAUUUAUAUUCGUCCUGCAAAAUAUUGCAUUUUUUUGUGGAGUUCCUCAGUUUUUAUUUUUUCUUCGCAAGAAAAGCUUGCGCCAACACCUUCCCCCUUUUCAAUAAUUUCACUCGCCGACAUUCAAACGGGACUGCGGAUAGUGGCGCGGUGUGAAGAGACGCAGAGAAAGAUAGAGAGUAUUUUUUCUUUUUAUUUUUUAUUCAUGGGAGAGGCAAGGGUUUUUGACCCAUGAUAACUUGGCUCGAAAUAGAGCAAUUUCAAAAUUUCGAGAAUCAUUUCAUAGCUCAAACCCUAAAAUCUUUAAUUAAUUAGUUUGUUUUGUUUUUCUGUGAAAAAACGAAAAUAAAACGAGAAAAUAGAGUGGGCGAAGCCAGUGAAGUGAAAAAGAUAGUGUGUGGUGGAUCCAGCGAAACGUCGGCCGCAUGAAAUAAGGAUAUAUUAUAUAUAUGAUUUUUUUUUCUUCACAAAAAAUCCAUAAGAAAUUCAUUUUGUCAAAAACAAGUUUUGUCAGAAGUUUCUAACAGUUUUCAUUAGCAAUUUUCUUCGGGAACAGCAGUCAUUUGGUGCAUUCGAUUUUUAUGUUUCAAAACUCGUUUUUUUAAUGUUUUUUCUUUAAUUUCUCGAAUUUCUGAAUUUUAGCGCCUAGUUCUCAUUCGAUAAAUCUUCACAAAAAUGGAAGAAGAAUUUAAUGAAACAGUGUUUUUUGGCGACGAAAAUCCAGUUUCACCUCCCUCCUCCCCUUUUUCUCUGUCUCUCCUCGCAAUGUGCACUCUACAUAUAAUUGUCAAGUUAGAAAUUGCGCCCCAACGCACAAAGCCGCUUUUUUGUUUUUGGAUGAAUAUCCAUAAUAAUUCUAGGAGUCCUGCGCAGAAAGUUAUGAAAAAUUUAUACAUUUCUAUCAACGAAAACCCUAACAAUUGAUUUUUACAGAAAAUGGUAAGACAUCAGCAAAAACAAAAAGGCUACAAAAAAAAGUUGGCGAAGAAAACACCAAGAAAAGGGUUGACGAAAAACAAGGCGAAAACGGUUAGUUUCACAUUUAUCUUAACUCUGCAUAUGAGUUAUGACGUGGCAAAGUUCGAGAAACUUCAAAACAAACCCUGAUGCGACUCCUUAAUUUUUUCACGUUAUAACUUGUCUUUAACAAAUCUAUCUUGUGAAAUAUCUCACGAUAAAAUCCAAUCUGAAAUUCAGGCAGGCACCAAAAACAAAAAAAAAGCUGUGACUUCCGAAGAAGUGACAAAACUCGAGAAAUCUUCAAUUGAAGAAGGUUCUUCUAAUCCACAAUCGGGAGAAAAUUGGCUCAAAAAUGGAGCUCGAGGAACAGAAGAGGAUGUUGUUGCUCAACAAUUGGAGCGUUUCAAAAACAUUUCGAUCGAGGAUGAAGAUGAUUCUGAAGAUGAAGAUUAUGAUGAGAUUGAAUUAAGGAAUAAAGAGUCUGCGUCUGAUGUAGAGGUAAACAUAUUUUGAUAUUCAGGAAAUUUGGAGCAUUUUGAGCCCAAACUUGGUUAUGUUCAGAAAUCUAGAAAAUUCAGAUUUUUUGAGCCUAACAAACUUGAAUAUGAUUGGGCUCAAAUUGCUCCAAGUUUUCUGGAUAUUCUGAAAUUUGCCAAAUUUCCAGGCGCAGGAUACCAUCAGGGAAUUUGUUGAUUAUGAACAGUACAUCGAAAAUAAGAUUAUGACGGAAGAAGAAGUGAGAGACCGUGUCAAGGAAUUAAUGGAGAGGUAUCGAAGAGAUAAGGAAUAUGAUAGCGAAUAA